UUCAUACUUCAUGCAUUUCUCGUUUCAAUUAUUAAUGGAUGUUUGCAGCUAUUUCUGUUCAUUUUGAGUCAUAAGGUCCCGAAAGUUUGACUCCAUCCACAUCAUUAAGGUCGACUCUACUUUGAGGAGGCAGCUCUUCCCAGUAGUAUUUUGAGUGCCUUCCAACCCGAGGGGUUCAUCUUCUGGCACUACCUCAGACAAUGUUCCUCUGCUAUUCAUAAGGUUUUCACUGUCUGUCUUGGUCUAGAAGCUCCACUGAAAUCUGUCCACCAAGGAUGACUGUGCUGGUAUUUGAAAUACUGGCGGCAAAGCUUCCAGUUUCACAGAAACACACAGGCCCCCACAACACAACAAAUCGAUAGAUGUGUGUUUAUAUAUAUACAUAUAUAUAUAUAUAUAUAAAACAUAUAUUGUACAUUACGUCCAUUAUAAUAUAUAUGCAUUUUAUUUACUUUUAAGAUUGCACAAUAGGUUAUCUAUUAGUAACUUCCCCUUAGAUUUAGUAUUUGAUCUUAUAAUAUGGACCAGGAAGAAGGAGGUAAGUUUUGCUAAGUAGCUGUUAGACCAUGAAAAUUGCAUUAAUGAUUGAUAUGGGAUAUGUCUUUAGGGUGGUGCCACUUAAUUUCCUGUAUUCAACCUACAACUGGCUGGUUUUGUGAGAAUCAACAAAGCCUGUAAGAGACAAUUGCUGAUCAGCUACCUUUUGUGUCUGUUUCUCAGGUUGCAGAAGUCCUGAAGGUUGAUGGAGGGCCAUGCUAUUCAAACAGCAGGCGUGGCUGAGACAGAAGCUCCUUGUGCUGGGAAGCCUUGCUGUUGGGAGUCUCCUGUAUCUAGUCGCCAGAGUUGGGAGCUUGGAUAGGCUACAGCCCAUUUGCCCCAUCGAGGGUCGAUUUGGAGCCCGCAAUCAGGCUGAUUUCCCGCUGCGUGCCCUGCAGUUCAAGCGUGGCCUGCUGCACGAGUUCCGGAAAGGCAACGCUUCCAAAGAGCAGAUUCGCCUUCAUGACCUGGUCCAGCAGCUCCCCAAGGCCAUUAUCAUUGGGGUCAGGAAAGGAGGCACAAGGGCCCUGCUUGAGAUGCUGAACCUCCACCCAGCAGUGGUCAAAGCCUCCCAAGAAAUCCACUUUUUUGACAAUGAUGAGAAUUAUGCCAAGGGCAUUGAGUGGUAUAGGAAAAAGAUGCCUUUUUCCUACCCGCAGCAAAUCACCAUUGAAAAGAGCCCAGCAUAUUUUAUCACAGAGGAGGUUCCUGAAAGGAUUUACAAAAUGAACUCAUCCAUCAAGUUGUUGAUCAUUGUCAGGGAGCCAACCACAAGAGCUAUUUCUGAUUAUACUCAGGUGCUAGAGGGGAAGGAGAGGAAGAACAAAACUUAUUACAAGUUUGAGAAGCUGGCAAUAGACCCCAAUACCUGUGAAGUGAACACAAAGUAUAAGGCCGUAAGAACCAGCAUCUAUACCAAACAUCUGGAAAGGUGGUUGAAGUAUUUUCCAAUUGAGCAAUUUCACAUUGUCGAUGGAGAUCGCCUCAUCACAGAACCUUUGCCAGAACUUCAGCUCGUGGAGAAGUUCUUAAAUCUUCCUCCAAGGAUAAGUCAAUACAACUUGUAUUUCAAUGCUACCAGAGGAUUUUACUGCUUGCGAUUUAACAUUAUCUUUAAUAAGUGCCUGGCGGGCAGCAAGGGGCGCAUUCAUCCAGAGGUGGACCCCUCUGUCAUUACCAAAUUGCGUAAAUUCUUUCACCCUUUUAAUCAAAAAUUUUACCAGAUCACUGGGAGAACAUUGAACUGGCCCUGAAAUAAUAAUGCCAUACAACACCAUGUGUUGUGCCUGGAGACACACAAUGUCUUCUCUAGUUUAAAAUAUGCACUUUUCUUAGACACAGCUAUCCAAGUCAUUUUUCCAUGUAUACUUGUACAUACACAGUGUG